UUAAGAGGGGCUCGAUGGGGAGGAGGUUUAUAUCGACCCCGCAAGAACUCGUCGGCUUCCCUCCAAACUUGGGCAGCGCACCUCCUUAAAAGCGGUAACAACAACCCAAAAGGUAGUUACUCGGCUUCUUGAAAACAUAUCAAUCGCCUCCAACCUCAGAGCACCUAUAUGCCCUGUGAGGAUGUCGUCCAUUGUUGAGACGUUAACCGCCUCGGGCGGCCCCGAGUCUCCUGGCUUUCUCAACGAUCUUGUGACGCAGCUAUGGCCAAACAUCCGUGUUGCUGGCGCCCAAAUGAUCAGGGACAUCGCACAACCCAUGUUCGCCACAACGAUGCCUGCUCCUCUGAACACGCUCGUGUUUGAGAAGAUUGACCUCGGCGAAGUACCCAUCCACUUCUCAAAGGUCGAUGUGCACAAGACGGAGAGUGCAGGCAUCAAGCUCGACCUUGACCUUGACUGGGAUGGCAAGUGCGAUAUUGAGCUCAACGCGAGCAUGAUGCCCAAAAUCGGAGUCGAGCAUGUCAAGGUCCGCGGGAGAUUGUCGGUUCUUCUGUGUCCCUUGAUCAACGUCAUGCCACUGAUCGGAGCGGCCCAAGUGGCCUUCAUCAACCCGCCCUACCUCAAACUCGAGUUCACCGACGCAGCCCACGUGGCCAACAUCGACGUCAUCGAGAAAGCAAUCCGCAAAAUCAUCCUCAGCAUCAUCUCCUCCAUGGCCGUACUCCCCAACCGCUUCUUGCUCAAGCUCGACGCGAGCAACGACUUCUUCAAAACCUACCAACACCCGCUCGGCGUGCUCCGCCUGACCGUCGAGUCCGGCAGCAAGCUCGGCGGCAAGGGCGGAGAAGGCGGCGGCGGCUUCCUCAAGCGGCUGGUCCGCGACGUGCCCGACUGCUACGUCAAAGUGAACCUGUCGGCCGAGGCCGAGUGGCGCACAGCCACGGCCAAAAACUCGCGGCACCCGGAGUGGAACGAGACGGCCGACUUUGUGGUCAGCGACUUUGACCAGAACAUCGAGGUCGACGUCCAGGACGAGGACACGGCGCGCGCCGACGACGACAUUGGCCUCGGCACAACCACGGUCAAGCAGCUGCUGCUGGAGGGUGGGCGGCAGGAGCUGCGGCUGGCUCACAAGGAGCAGCCGACGGAUGGGCGCCUGACGUUGCGAGGGCAGUUCUUCAAGUUUGUCCCGGACGCGAAGAGCUUCUCGGGCGGCGAGGGGCCGUCGGGUGAGAUUGUUGGCCUGAUGACCGUCCUGGUGGCUUCGGCACUUGGAGUCAGGGGUGACCGGCACGCGUUAAAGCCGAAUGUGAAGGUCACCUGGGGAGAGCACGCGUUCCGGACGGCCAUCAAGUCGGAUGCGCCCGGAGCUGACGUCGAGAAUCCUUCGUUUGAUCAGGUGUUCAAGGUUUCGUUGAAGGCAGGCAUGGUCCCGGGCCCGCCGGUGAGGAUCGCUUUGCUGGAUGGGGAGGUAGAAAACGGGUCGGUGGAGGUGGCUCUGGAGGAUGUGCUUUCCAGUGAGAAUCUGGCGUUGCAAAAGUCCUUUGAUGUGGGCGGCGGAGCGACGGUGCGGGCUGCGGUCUGGCUGAGGGGAACCACUCCGGCGAACUGAAUGGCAAUGUUGAGUUGACUGCAUUAAUUGGGCUCGUGGGCAGAGUCGGGAGCAAAGAGCAAAAUUGGAGCGAUAUUGAAAACAAUGGGAUUAUGUUGAAAUGCCUGAUCUCAUCUGAAUUCUGUGUACUCGUGCAAGCUGAACGUACCGAGCAGUCUAUGAACCUAGCUCCGUUAAGGUAUCAUCAGUAU